AGGGGAGGUGGCCAUGGGGCUGCGGCCGGGAAUUGUGUCCUCCUCGGCUUCCGUAGAAGUCCGGCGGACCUUCAUCUGGGGUUUCAGCGCUCCCCCCUUCCCCUUCCCCGGGGUCCGGGGGUGACAUUGCGCCGCGCCCCUCCUGGGGUUGCGUCUCUGCCCCACGCGGCUCCCCAGCCGGCGCGCUCCUCCCACUCGUCUCUCUCGACGGGGGCUCCCUCCCGCCCCCAGCGGCCCAGCCAUGGGGGCUGCCGUGUUUUUCGGGUGCACUUUCGUCGCGUUUGGCCCAGCCUUCGCGCUUUUCUUGAUCACUGUGGCUGGGGAUCCGCUUCGUGUAAUCAUCCUGGUCGCCGGGGCAUUUUUCUGGCUGGUUUCCUUGCUCCUGGCCUCUGUGGUCUGGUUCAUCUUGGUCCAUGUGACAGACCGGUCAGAUGCCCGGCUCCAGUAUGGCCUCCUGAUUUUUGGUGCUGCUGUCUCUGUCCUUCUACAGGAGGUUUUCCGCUUUGCCUACUACAAGCUGCUUAAGAAGGCAGAUGAGGGGUUAGCUUCGCUGAGUGAGGAUGGAAGAUCACCCAUCUCCAUCCGCCAAAUGGCCUAUGUUUCUGGUCUGUCCUUUGGAAUCAUCAGUGGUGUCUUCUCUGUUAUCAAUAUUUUGGCUGAUGCACUUGGGCCAGGUGUAGUUGGGAUCCAUGGAGACUCUCCCUAUUACUUCCUGACUUCAGCCUUUCUGACAGCAGCCAUUAUCCUGCUCCAUACCUUUUGGGGAGUUGUGUUCUUUGAUGCCUGUGAGAGGAGACGGUACUGGGCUUUGGGCCUGGUGGUUGGGAGUCACCUACUGACAUCAGGACUGACAUUCCUGAACCCUUGGUAUGAGGCUAGCCUGCUGCCCAUCUAUGCAGUCACUGUUUCCAUGGGACUCUGGGCCUUCAUCACAGCUGGAGGGUCCCUCCGAAGUGUUCAGCGCAGCCUUUCGUGCCGACGGCAGGAGGACAGUCGGGUGAUGGUGUAUUCUGCCCUGCGCAUCCCACCCGAGGACUGAGGGAACCCGGGGGGGACCCCUGGGCCUGGGGUGCCCUCCUGAUCUCCUCGCUCUGUAUUUCUUCAUCUCUAGUUGUGGACAGUGCAGGUUGCCAAGAAAAGGGACCUAGUGUAGCUAUUGCCUUGGAGAUGAAACUAAUGGAGGCUCAAGGGUUAGACAAGCUCUGAGUUUCCCAGUACUCUUUCCCCAGACUGGGCAUCUUGGUCAUUUUCUCAGGUCUGAAAGGAACCAUUUUUCAGUGUGAUAAAGACCCCAAACUGCCUUUUAUUUUAUUUUGUUUCUACGUGUGGGGAGGGAAAAAAAUGUUGGAAUUCUUCUAACUUCUUUGGGCUGUAUUUUCCCUCACAUUCUUCCUCAUGGCUGGGCUCAUUUCUGCCCUUUUCCCCUUUGGUUUCCAGCCCAGGGGGGGAAAGGAGGGAAGUGCAUGUUUGGGAACUGGUAUUACUGGAACGAAUGGUUUUAACCUCAUUGACCACCAGCAUCCGUCCUCUCCCCAAGGUGAAGUGGAGGGUGCUGUGAGGAGCUGGCUCACUCCAGAACUGCAGGUGCCACUGGAGGAGUCAGUCUACUAUGACAUUGCAGGGCAGAGGGGCAGAUUUUUUUUCUAGUUUUUAAUGGGGGUAUGGGAGGGAUGGGGAGGUUUUCUAUAUAAACUGUUAUCAUUUUCUGCUGAGGGUGGAGUGUCCCAUCCUUUUAAUCAAGGUGAUUGUGAUUUUGACUAAUAAAAAGGACUUUGUAAUU